AUGGCGGAGCCCAGAAAAAGACAGCGACUUAGUCAAAUCAUGAACAGCUCACAAACCACCUCGAGCAUUGCGAACAUUUUCAGGGACGGUCAGCCCAAAUGUUCCGAAGAACGUGAUCGGUUUGUUGAGGGUUCCGUACAUCGCAUCGCGAUGAAAAACUUCCUGACAUAUGACUACUCUGUGGUGUAUCCUGGACCCAAUCUGAACAUGAUUGUUGGUGCCAAUGGGACUGGAAAGUCCAGCAUUGUGUGUGCCAUCUGUCUGGGUCUGGCUGGGAAGACGGCUAUUCUGGGGAGAGGAGACAAGGUUGGGCUCUAUGUCAAACGUGGCUGCCAUAAAGGUUUCAUUGAGAUCGAACUGCACAAAAAUGGUGGUAAUGUGAUCAUUAAUCGAGAAAUCCAUGUGGAGAACAAUCAGUCCCUUUGGAUGCUUAAUGGGAAACACUGCAGCCAGAAAAUUGUGGAGGAGGAGGUCAAAGCUCUGCAUAUCCAAGUCAGCAACCUGUGCCAGUUCCUGCCUCAGGAGAAAGUUGGAGAAUUUGCUAAAAUGUCUAAAAUUGAGUUGCUUGAGGCAACUGAGAAGUCCGUUGGACCACCAGAAAUGUAUGAGUACCACUGUGAGCUAAAAAACUUCCGCACCAAAGAACGAGAACUGGAGAACGAUUUGAAGGAAAAGGCGAGCUUCCUGGAAAAGGCCAAGCAGAGGAAUGAGAGGAACAAGCAUGAUGUGAAUCGGUACUAUGAAAAGAAGAGGCAUCUGGACGUCAUCGAGCUGCUGGAGAAGAAGAAACCGUGGGUGGAGUACGAGACCACACGUAAAGAACUUGAAGGUGUGAAAAAAGAGCGUGAGGAGGCCAAGAAGCAGCUUUCUAUCCUGAAGCAGGCGCAAGCACCCAUGCUCACGAAGAUCCAGCAGAUUGAUGACCAACUGAAGCCCACCGAGGCACAAAUGAAGGCUAAGACCGCUGCUAUCAAAGAAGCCUCACUCAAGUGCAAACAGAAACAAGAUCAGCUGGAUCGCAAAAACAAAGAGAUUGACGACAUUAAACAGACACUGAGGCUGAAGCAGAUGGAGGAGGAAGACCACCAGAAGCGAAUCACCAACACCAGACGAACCAUCGAAGACCUGAAGGCAGAGCUGGACAAAAUUAGCGACCAGCCGGAUGUGACUCCACAGAUUAAUGCUGUUAAUGUGGAGCUCAGGGGAAUUCAGCAGGAGAGAGCAAAGAUGGAGGGAGAGAGGGCCGACCUGCGCAGGGAGAAGGACAAUGUCACAGCUGAGUCCACAAUGUUGAAGAAGAAGCUCAGUGACAUGAACAACAUGAUGAAUGCCAAAGAGGAGAGGCUUCGAGGUCGCCACAGAGACACGCACACUGCCCUCCAGUGGCUCAGAGACAACAGACAACUCUUUAUAGGGAACGUCCACGAGCCCAUGAUGUUGGUGAUUAAUGUGAAGGAUCAUCGUUUUGCGAAGUAUGUGGAGAACCACAUCUCUUUCCACGACCUGCGAGCGUUUGUCUUCCAGAGGAAAGACGACAUGGAGAAGUUCAUGACUGAGGUUCGUGACAAGUUGAACUUAAAAGUCAACUCCAUCUCCGCUCCGGCGGAGUCGUGUUCCAAACGAACGCCUUCAAGAAAUAUUGAAUCACUGAGUCGUUUUGGGUUCUUCUCUUACCUCCGGGAGAUGUUUGAUGCUCCUGAAGAGGUGAUGAGUUACCUCUGUUUUCAGUACAGGGUGCACGAUGUGCCGGUGGGCAAUGACCAAACCAAAGCCUUGAUUAAAACGGUGAUUGAGGAACCCUACAUCAAGGUGUUAUACACAACAGAUGAGAAGUAUCAAGUAAAACGGUCGUUUUAUUCCAACAAAAUAAGCACCAGUAACUCUGCAGUGCUUCAGUCUCAGUACCUCACAAUCACUGUGGAUGCUGAGAAGAAACGGCAGCUGGAGCAGCAGCUGCAGGCCUGCGAGGUAAAGCUGCGAGACAUCAGCGAACGGAUGAAGGCCCUGCAGAAAGAAGCCACUGCACUGGACCGCCGUGAAAAUGAACUGUUGUCAGAGAAGAAGAGACUUUCUGAAAUAAAGGGGAGAAAGAGACAACUGGAGCAGAAAAUCAGCACUAAACAAGACAGUUUGAGGCAGAUGGAGCACAGCGCCAUAGACCUGAAGAAGAUUGAAGAGGAAACUAAAGAGAAAAUUAAAGCUGUCAAUUUCCAGAAGGUGACCAUAGUCACUGCAUUUGUGGCUCAGAUGAAGCUGAGAGCCAAUCUGACAAUGGAGAAAGUGUAUCUGGCUUUGGAGACAGUGGGGUUAACAGCAGAGAAGACCAAGCUCGAGAAUGACUGUAGAGAAGGUGCCUCUGAGCUGAAGAUGAUGGAUCAAAAGUGCAGCCGUCUGGAGCAACGGAAGGUGCAGCUGACAGAACAAUGCAAAGGUCUGCUGAGGAGAGCAAAGUCCAUCUGCAAGAUGCAGCCAGACGCGGUGUUACCUGAGGACCUCCGUAAAGCCUUCACCAAACUACCUGACACACUAGACGAUGUUGAUGCCAUGCUAAAUGAGGAGCGGUCCAGAGCUGAGUGCUUCACUGGUCUCAGCGAAAAUGUUGUUGAAGAGUACAACAGGAGAGAGCAGGAAAUCAAACAUCUUGAGAACGAGCAUAAGAAAAAGACCGACGCCCUCAACACCUACAGACAGAACAUAUCAGAGGCUAAAGAACGCUGGCUGAACCCUCUGAAGCAGCUGAUUGAACAGAUCAAUGACAAGUUCAGUGAUUUCUUUCGCUCCAUGCAGUGUGUAGGAGAGGUCGAUUUGCACUCAGAGAAUGAGGAGGAGUAUGACAAGUAUGGGAUCCGCAUUCGAGUGAAGUUCCACAGCAGCACUCAGCUCCACGAGCUGACUGCGCACCAUCAGAGCGGAGGAGAGCGCAGCGUUUCCACCAUGCUUUACCUGAUGGCCUUACAGGAGCUCAAUCGCUGCCCCUUUAGAGUGGUGGACGAGAUCAACCAGGGAAUGGAUCCUGUAAACGAGAGGAGAGUUUUUGACAUUGUGGUUCGCACAGCCUGCAAAGAAACUACUUCUCAGUACUUUUUCAUCACACCUAAACUUCUGCAGAAUCUUCAGUAUGCUGAGAAGAUGACUAUUCUUUUUGUCCAUAACGGUUCUUACAUGCUUCCUCCCAACCAAUGGGAUGGGGACGCUUUCGUUCAACGUUUUCUCCAGAGAAAAGCCAGAGCAUAAACUCAUAAAUUUAAAUAUCAAUACAUAACUGAAGAAAAUAGGGGUAUUGACAUUUAAAAGACACCAGCAGAACAAUAACGGCUUAAACUGGUUUAUUUCCAGGACUUCAGGUU